AUGCCUGACCAAACACUAUCCAGUGCGUCUGCCCUGACGGCCGUGUACACGUCAAAGGGCAACAACGAGCCCUUCUCCACCACGCAGGCGUUUGCGCCGCCCGCCGACGGCAUCAUCGAGAGCCGGACGUCGUACCUGCGCAGCGUGCGCAUCGCCGUGGUCGGGCUGCAGGAGCAGGUGAACCAGGAGCUGACAGCGCGGAUGGAGGAGGACAACAGCAGCAGCGGCAACAGCAGCAGCGGCAGCCUCAAAACGGCAAAGUUUGCCGUGGACGACGUCGAGGAGGAGGAGAACUACGGCGAAGAGGUUCAGGAGGAGGACGACGCUUAG